AUGCGGGGGAGAGGGGGAUGUGCAUUGGGUGCUUGUUUUCCCAUGCACAUGCUCCAUGCAAGCGCCAGCUUGCAGUCAGCUAUUUUGGCUCUGCCCUGCAAAGCUCAGGGUGCAGUUCUUGUGUUGGUGCAAAUUUUAGGAAGCCCCAAGCCCCCCGGUAGCGAGGCUUGUCGUCUCAAAUGGGCCUUCGCCUUUCAGAUUUCCGCCUUGCGGAUCUGCCGAAGAAUUCCUGAGCUGGGCUGGAUGUCCUCUUCCUUUUACGCUUCCGCGGCCCGAAACUUUGCCUUUGGCAAGGCCGCCUCUUGA